UCGUAUAGAUCAGUAUCGAUUAAUCAGUGUAUCGCCAGCUGGCCUCAGAUUUAGACCAUGAAGUUAUCAGUAAUAAUUUCUUUCAUCGGCUUUGCUGCUCUUGCUUCGGGCUCCUGUUCAGUUCCUGGCCCCUCAUAUGGGGCUGCUGUUCCGUCGCCCCGUUGCCCAAAGAACUAUCUGUUUAGUUGUAAACCAAAUCUAACUCCAGUUCCAUGCAGUGGCGCAGCUACAGAAAGUUAUGGAUCCGCUGGAGCCUACAGCGACCUACUGCCAAGUUACGCAUAUAUUCCCGAUCACCUGAAAAUAGUGCACUAUUAUUAGACAUACAACAAACGGCUUCGAUGCAAUGAUAACGACCAACGCAAAUUGAUUUAUUAAUUAUUCUCCAUUAAUUAAUUAUUUAUAAUUAAUGUUUAUUUUAAUAAUAUAGAGCUUAAUUUAGGUAGGUGAUGACACACUCUGAAAUUAGAAUAAAUUGAAAAUCAAAAACGGACAAAUCCGUAACCUGUAACAAUUGUAACCAGUUGGAAUUUCUACCGCAUCAGACACCCAGGCAAGAAUUGCAAUUGACUUUCAGCAUCACAUGGAUUAUGUUUUGAGAUGAUCAUCUAAGUUUCUUAUUGGGUAGACCAUAGUUAUCGGCAUGAGCUCUCGUCUAGCUGUAAACACUUCAUUAUGCACUGCAAUAGAGAACAGCUCUUUGCUUAACAGCGUGGCGAUGAUAAUCUUCCGAACAGCAGCUGCUCUUACUGCUUCUCCUCUCGCUAUCGAGAGCAACAUUUAUGCUUCGGCUGCCAAAAAUAAUGUCGCAGUCAGCGGCAUCUCGACAACCAAAUCUACAUACAUCCACAUCCACUCUGACAUCGACAUCGUCGUCUACAUCGCGUCCACUCAGUCCCAGUCGGAACUGCUGUCUUUGCGUUUGUGGUCGAUCUAAGCAGCAGCUCGUUUAAUUGUCUUUGCCGUUGUCGCUGUAGUUCAACAAUAAAAAUGGAAAUGCCAAAGUGAUCUGAAAUCCAAUGAUUAAUCAUAUUACACGAGGCUACGUGCGUCCGUUUGUGUCUGUGUGAGCGCGAGUGUGUUAUCUUAAUGUUGACCAUCAAGUUGAAUGGCCAUUUAGCCUGAGUGAUUGUUUAUGUUUUAAUAAAUUUAUAUUUUUUUCUUCGGUCGCAAAUGAUUGCAUAAUUUGUUUGGGGCCAAGUGCCACCAUCAAGUGGUUCUCUGAGUGGUGAUUAACCAACUGCUACAUUAAUUCACACCUAAACACAUCCUCUCGCAGCCACCUGGCUUACUUAACACACACUCUACCCCAAAACACAAAAUACCACCACAGCCAAAAUGAAGAAGCUGCAUCUCGGCGCCAAGCACAAGACCAAAUCAUAUAAACCCUUUAGGAAUAAAAACCGUCGGGGUUCUGCCGACUCAAACUACUCACAACCGUCAUCCGAUCUGUCGCUAGACGAGGAAAAAGAAUCGCUUCGGCGAGAAAAGGAACGUCAGGCCUUAAGCCAGUUGGAUAAAGCGAGGAGCAAACCAGUAGCGUUCGCUGUGCGAACCAACGUAGCAUACGAUGGUGCUAUCGACGACGACUCGCCUGUACAGGGUGCUGCAGUUUCAUUCGAUAUGCGGGAGUUCCUGCACAUCAAGGAGAAGUUUGACAAUAACUGGUGGAUUGGGAGACUGGUUAAGGAAGGCUGUGAUGUGGGCUUCAUACCCAGCCCCGCUAAGCUAGACAACAUUCGCAUGCAGAAUCAAACUAGACCCUCAAGACUGUACGGCACAAAGGGCUCAUCUAGCGGGAAUCUAGGUGCGGGACAAGCAGGUGCGGAGCCAUCACGAGGUAGCACACCCCCCACACCUGGUGACGAAUCAGAUUCCAUGGGACCAGGACGACAUGGCAAAGCACCAUUGGCCGCGCAACCAAACAAGGAGAAGCGAAAGCCGUUCUUCAAGAAGCAGGAAACCGCCAGCCCAUACGAUGUGGUCCCAUCGAUGCGCCCCGUUGUUUUAGUGGGUCCAAGCCUUAAGGGUUACGAGGUAACCGAUAUGAUGCAAAAGGCGCUCUUCGACUUCCUCAAGCACCGUUUCGAAGGUCGCAUUAUCAUCACGCGCGUCAUGGCCGAUAUAUCCCUGGCGAAGCGUUCCAUUAUGAACAAUCCAUCAAAACGUGCCAUAAUGGAGCGAUCAAGCAGUCGUUCCGAUUGCCUAGGCAAAGUUCAGGAGGAGAUCGAGCGAAUCUUUGAGCUGGCCCGUUCACUUCAACUGGUCGUACUCGAUUGUGAUACAAUCAAUCAUCCGUCACAAUUAGCAAAAACUUCAUUAGCGCCAACAAUAGUUUACUUAAAGAUUAGUAGUAGUAAGGUUUUACAGCGUUUAAUCAAAUCACGAGGCAAAUCACAAGCUAAGAAUUUGUCCGUACAAAUGGUUGCCGCUGAAAAAUUAGCCCAAUGUCCACCCGAAAUGUUCGAUGUAAUUUUAGACGAGAAUCAAUUGGAAGAUGCCUGCGAGCACAUUGCCGAAUACUUGGAGACGUACUGGAAAGCCACGCAUCCGGAUCUUCGUACAGGCGCCGUACCGGCCAUUGCCAGGCCGCUGCCAUCUCAGGAAGUGUCGUCCUCACCAACCGCUGAACAAGCUCGACUGGGUCCAACACCACCAGUCGAUGGUGAGGAAUUUGAAGAGCUCGAGCCCCGCAUGGCAAGUAUCGAGCGCGAGGGUAGUCGGGAGCGGGAUCGGGAACGUGACAGUAGGGAAAGAGAACGCGAAAAUGAACGCGACUACUGGGAUAGAGAGUUCAACCGUGAUCGCAGCUCGAAAGACAGAGAAAGAGAUUUGGAGUGGGAACGCGAAAGAGCACGCGAAUGGGAAAGAGAGCGAGAAAGGGAUUGGGAUAGAGAGUUCGAUUGGGACCAAGGAGGUGCAUCUUACCAUCACAGCCGACGCCAAGCAUCAGGAAGACACCAGGAGCGAAGCGGAGGUGUUGUUAGUGGUGGCGUGGGUGGCAUUGGCCAUUCAUCUGGCUAUGAACGCGACAGAGAACGUUAUGAACGCCAGGAACGGGAACGACUUCAUGCAAGGGAUCGCGAUCUAAUGCACUAUGAUCUAAAUAGCGACGAGAUGCUAGAUGAGCGGAACUUUGAAUAUCCAGCCAUGAGAAGUGGUCCAAGUGGCGCAUCCCAUCAUGGUCACCUAUCGCGUGGCGGUCGACUGCUGGACGAUGGGGACUUCGAUCGUGAGGAUCGAUUAUUAGGCAGCUCAAGAACACGCUACGGACCAGGACCAGGACCUUCAACUCGAAUUGAUGAUCCUCGUGAUGUGACACGAGCGACAGCUGUUGUCGAACGCGAUCGCGAUGAAUACAGUCCGCACAGAGGUGGUGGGAGUAGUAGGAGAAUGCUGAAUGCCAUGUAGGAAUCGUGGAUAUAGGGGUGGGAUCAGAUCGAUUCGAAAGCGCCAGGUUUGAUGGAAGCACGUGACAAUAGUUUUGAUCUUGACAUAAUACACAAAUCAAAUCCCAAACGGCUGCAGUUAUAUAGACAGCACUCAUUACCAGAACAGCAACCACAAGCAGAACCAAACCCAGAAAUACAUCCACAUCACACAAAACACUCAUUCCUACCCAGACAAAGCAGCGACCAGUGGCUGUCAUCCUCGUCGUUCUCCCUGUCGCAUGUGCCACAAAGGCCACGCGAACACUUCCCAUUGCGACACCAGCCACUGUCCUAUCCACAGGCACGUCCACGUCCACAAUUGCACUCUUACACAAGUCGCCACUACACAAGCCCCUCCUCCUUCAUAUCAUCUGCAGCAUCGGAACUAAAUAACAAGGAUACGUACCAGAACACCUCAUUCGUCAAUCCGCCACCGAGCAACACGAACACUAUGAACACGAACAGAAGCAUCAAUAGGCAUAGCAACAGAAACCGACCCAUAAGCAGCGACUCCAACCUAAAAGUACUGGACAACGAUUGGUCAACGUCAUCAUCCUUCACGAAGAUCGAGGCAGUCACGCAUGCAAUACGUAAUAAGAUCAUUGUUGAGGAGGACGAGGAGGAUAUACUGAGCAUGGAUAGGUUUUAUUGAAGAGAUUUCAACGAGACACAAAAGGCACAAACACAAAACAUUUUCUUGAGAAUAACAUACCGGAAAGAUGAACAAAGAAAUAUAAUGUUGCACAAUACGUUUAAUUGAUUUGAUAACUUUCCUUAAAUCUAGAUGGAUGCUGGAAGCGAUGAAAAUCAUAUAAAUUUAAAUCAAACUUAUUUAUUUCAGUGCCAAAAAUGAAAGUUCGAGAAAAAUAUGAGUAAUAUACACACACACACACAUUUGUAUAUUUCCACUUUGGUAUUGGGACUUGACGGAAUAAUACACUUACAUAAUUGAAAAAAGGAUAGCACAAUGCUAAGUGCAGCCUUAUGUGUCUUAAAUACUAACUAAAGCUAAGUGUAAUGAGAUUUUAUUUAACGAGGGCAAAUGUUUAAGUAUAGUGAAAUUAAAUGAAAUCUAAGCUUAAGAUUUAUGUACACCUAACGUCAGAAAAUCAUUUGUUAAAGCAUUUCACCACGAAGGAAAUAUACAAUACUUCAAGGCAGAGCCAUAGGCAUUGGGAACGCGAAAAAAGGUGGGGCGGUGGGGUGUGCAGGGCUUGACAUAUAGUGAUUUGGGUGGGAGUCAUUGUAGUUACGGUUAACCGUAUAUAUUUUAUGCAUACGAUAAACUAAUUAGUAAGUGGCAGCUUUAAUAAUUUAGUGAAAAAAACAGAACUUAUAAUAACUAAGUAAAGGCAGACAACAGGCAAACACACACACCCACACACAAAAACACAUGUACACAGCAUCUAAUAUGAUAUCGAUUGAAAUCUCUUUAAUAAAACCAUCUAUGCUCAAGCUAUACACAAUUUACUUCGAACUCCUUGAAUAAAACUUUUGAAAUAUAUCCCCUUUACUGAGUAUCCUCCAGGAUUAUGCUUAUCUUAACAUGAAGUCCUAUAUUAAAUUUAAUUUUCACCUCUAAGUAUAACUUUACUCCUUGCGAUUUCUUCUUUGGCUAAUCCUUAAUCUUACAUCACAUCAAUAUAAUUUAAUUUCUACCUAGUUAGUUGCUUCAGUAGAGCAAUUACUACUACCAGUGCCUUAACAAAACAAACAACAUACAACAAAAGCUAUCAAAAUGGGUAACACCCACAUAAAACACGUUUUUAUUCUCCUGGGCCUCAAUGUAGUCUACAAUAGAGAUUUAGAUUGAUGAAAAGCUUAUUACGUUUUGCGCCUGUGUAUGAUUCAAUCAUUUAAAACAUUAAACAAUACGGAGAAACUAUUGUAAGUAUGAUAAUGAUCUGGUCCAUUCCAAAACGAGCACUCCUUUUACAAUUCCAACCACCUGUCAGAAUUGAUCCAACGGUUUUUCAAAGUUUACAAAAAGAAAAAAAGGAAAAAUAACAUAAAAACGCACUGAAUUCAAAUCGAUCGCGACUUUCGAAUAUGAAGAGAGUUGGCUGUUGUUCCCCAACUCUCUGCACUUCCAGCGCUUAGACUGAGCGCUUCUCAAAAGUUACUUCCACACCUUAUCCAUAAUCAUUCAGGCUAACUACGUAGUAUAUGAGCUUUGUUCGAAUCGGCCUCGCAAUAGAAAGAGAUUGACCUCACGUUUGGUUGAUCACUGCACUCCCUAAAUACGUAGCUUAAGUAUUUGGAAUUUUGGAAGUUCUCGAUUGAUGGACCGAUGUUUAAGCACAAUUUUACCCUUUCAAUUAAAACAUUUUUAAAAAAUUUGCAGCAUUUUCGAGUGAUGUGAUAUUUUUCAAUAUUCGAAAAUUUUGCAGAAUGUGCAUUGGAAACAUCGGUACUUCAGGCGAUGAUCUUUGGAAAACUAAAAUCAGCUAUCAGUCCAAGGGUAUAAGAAAAGAAUAGAAAGAAACAUUUUGGAGAGGACAGUAGAAAGAAACGUUGUGAAAUUUGUGAGCGUGGCGAAUAAUAAUUAAUAAUAAUAUUAUCAAUAUUACCCCGAAAACUGAAAUUUUGAUAUAGAAAUGUAUUUAACAUGGUUGCAAGAAUUGCGAAAAAUUGUUAAGUGUUCAAUCCAUAUAAAACUAGUAGGCAAAUUUGCAUAUGUAUAAAUAAAUAUACAAGUGGGGAAGACUAUGUAAAUGCGAAAAAGGAGAAACACAAAACCAUGAAUAUAUAACUUCUGGAUUUUUUAAUUUACCCAUCUAGCAACGAGCAAAUCAGAAGUACUAAAAAAAACUCAAAAAAUUCCUUCAUACAUAGAGAAAAAUAUAUAUGAAAAGGAGACUAGCGAAAAGUAGAACAUCGGAAUUAUGCUCAUUUGCAUUUUGCGCAGCUUAGAAAUAAUACCAAUAAAAGUACAGAUACAUACAGAUACAUGAAGACAUUCAUAAACACGUACAUAAAUACUACAUAAUUAAUAGACCUGCACUUUAAAACAUUUUGUAUCACUUGGAAAGGGGAUUCAACCCCGAUGCUACGACUGCGAAUUUGAUUGCUGGAGACAUAUAUAUAUAUAUAAUAAUAAUGAAAUAAUGAUAAUGCAAUGAUACGCAGGCAUUUCUUGUAUAAAGUGGCUACAAAUUUAUUUAUUAGCUAUCAUAAAAUAUAUUGAACAUUACUUUUUAAUACUAGCUUAACGUUGAAAGCAAAUACGAUGGGGAAAGAGUCAAGCAAAAACCAAUACAAAAACCAAAAAGAAAAUUUACGAGAAAUAAACAAUAAAAUAUAUACAUUUACCAAGUAUGAAUAGUAAUAUAUGUAUGUAAAAUAUACAAAUAUACUCAUAUGAAUACAUGUAUGAACCGUAUUGAAUUCGAUUCACAGAACUGGUAACACAAUAAAAUAAAAUAUGAAUAUAAAUAAAUGUAAAUGUAUCCUGCUAUAAUUAACAAAAUUUAAAUAA